AUGUCAAGUGGGACGACAGCGGUCCGCUCUUCCGUCCUCCUGUUCUGCAGGCAAAUUAUUCACUACCCAGUCGAUACCUUUCUCUGGCUUGCGGCUGUGUCUGCUCCCCCCCAACAGCGAGUGAAGGUGUAUCGGUUAAACGACGAUGGGAAGUGGGACGACAAGGGAACAGGCCACGUGUCAGUUGAAUACCUCGAGAGAUCGGACGCCAUAGGGCUGGUGGUGAUUGACGAGGAGGACAACGCCACGCUGCUGGUGCACCGCAUCUCAGCAGAUGAUAUCUACCAGCGGCAAGAAGACACCAUCAUUUCAUGGACGGAUCCUGAGGUUGCGACAGACCUGGCACUCAGCUUCCAAGAAAGCAUGGGCUGCUCCUACAUAUGGGAGCAAAUAUGCAACGUGCAGCGUCAAGUGCAGGUGCCUCCAGGCACAGAGGGAGGAGGGGCAGGAGCACGGGACGAGAUUGCAAUUCAUGAGGCAUCCCCCGAAAAUGCCCUUGAAGCAGCAACAGACAUGUCUGAGUUGCCUGCAGUGGAGCUCCGUAACCUUCCUGUCAUUGCCAAGAUGCUAACAGACGUGCCAUUGUUCCACAAAGACCGAAUCGCCUCACUCGUCCUUAGAGAGGGCUACGUGCCCAAGCUGCUUGACCUGUUCCGUCAGUGCGAGGAUCUGGAGAAUCUAGACGGGCUGCACCAGCUGUACCGCAUUGGCAAGGGGCUGGUGCUUCUUAAUGACACCAACCUCUUCGACCUCCUCUUUGCUGACAACGCCAUCCUGGACCUUGUCGGGGCUCUUGAAUACGACCCGGACCUCCCAUCUCGCCAGCAGCACCGCAAGUUCCUGCUGGAGCAGGUGGAGUAUCGCGAGGCCGUGCCCAUCCAGGACCCCAGCCUGCGCUCCAAGAUUCAUCAGACAUAUCGCCUGGGCUACAUCAAGGAUGUGAUCUUGCCGCGGGUUUUGGACGACCAGACAUACGGGACCUUCAACUCCCUCAUUCUCUUCAAUAAUGUGGAGGUGGUGUCCACUCUGCAGGGAGAUAAACCCUUCCUCUCGGACCUAUUCUCCCAGCUGCGAUCCAAAGACCCCUCCUCCCCCGCCUUUAGAGACCUGGUUCGAUUCCUCCAGGAGUUUUGCUCGCUGCACAAGCACCUGCAGAUCACACAGAGAAACCAGUCCUUCAGUGCUCUGAUUGGUCUGGGCCUAUUUGAAAUCGUCACCACGAUCUUGCAACACACUGACGCCUCCCUACGCCUUUGCGGAACCGACAUGCUCAUGUCUGCUCUGAGCCCCGACCCUGCCCCCCUGCGCACCUUUCUCGUGGAGCAACCUGGGCACACGCUGUUCUCCUGCCUUGUCAAGGGCAUGGUGGAGCGCAGUCAGGGGGAGGGGGGGUCUCACGUGCAGCUCUUAGAAAUAUUGAGGCAGUUGCUAGACACAGACACCAUGGAUACUGCCGAGAAGAACAAGUUCCUAGACGUGUUCUAUGAGGAGUACGUGGAUGUGCUUGUAAAGGGGAUAACUACUGCCGCUGCUGCUGCUGCUGGCGGUGGGGGAGGAGGGGGAACAGCAGCAGGGGGGGGAGGCGGAGGAGGAGGGGGAGGAGGGAUAGCAGCGGGGUCGCCUGCUCCCGAAGUUCUGGCGAGUAUCUGCGAUCUGCUGUGCUUCUCAGAUGAAGUAACCCAGAUCCCUUUUUACCUCCCCCUUUCCUCUUCAAGGUACUAUGUGCUGCGCAACAACGUGGUGGAGAAGGUGCUGCGCCUGGUGAAGAGGUACUACGUGCUGCGCAACAACGUGGUGAAGAAGGUGCUGCGGCUGGUGCAGAAAAUCCCUUCUUACCUCCCCCACCCUUCAAGGUACUACGUGCUGCGCAACAACGUGGUGGAGAAGGUGCUGCGGCUGGUGCAGGCUGCUGCUCAAUGUCCUUUGGAUCAAAUCAACCCAGUGCCUCUCAAACCCCGUCUCUUCCCCCCCUUCUCAAGGUACUAUGUGCUGCGCAACAACGUGGUGGAGAAGGUGCUGCGGCUGGUGCGGCGGAAGGAGAGGUACCUCGUGGUGGCGGCCGUGCGCUUCCUGCGCUCCUGUAUCAGCCUCAAGGACGACUUCUAUUUGCGCUAUCUGGUUAAGAACCGCCUGUUUGAGCCCGUGAUUGCAGCCUUCAGAGCCAACGGCAGCCGCUACAACCUCCUCAACUCCGCGGUGCUGGACCUUGUAGAGUUCAUUCGCAAGGAGAACAUCAAGUCGCUGGUGACCCAUCUAGUGGAGACAUACGGUUCCUGGUUUGACUCGGUUGACUACGUUGACUCCUUCAAGCUGCUGCGACUCAAAUACGAGCAGAACCUCGAGUCGAUGCGGCCGGCAGAAGAGCCUUCUGCUGCCCCUGCGCCCUCCCACUUGCCACGAGCCACAGCCAUCAGCGUGCAAUCAAGCGGCGACAGUGACGAGGAUGAGCCAGCAGCACAGGAGGAAGAACACGAUGACAGCCUGCCAGUGCUCGACCCGUCAGGCACACCCCCCCUGCCACGCCACAAGUCGCGCUCGCCCUCUCCGCCUCGCACCCUCGCCAACGGCGUCAUUCCAGACCCAUCUAGGAAGCCGCCUUUCGGGCUCGUGGAUUACGACGAUGAAGACGACGAAGACCGCCCCUCCUCCUCCUCCCCUUUCUCUCCCAGCCCCCGGCCCUCCACCGGCUCCCCAGCCUCGGGAAGAGGCUUCGAGGCUCGGGAAGAAGCUCGGGGAGAGGCCCGGGGUGAGGCUCGGAACGGGCCGAAGCGGAGCGGGACGGGAGGAGCAGGUUCGGGAGGGAAGGAUGGGCCAUUUCAAGGUGUGCAAAAGAAGCGAAAAUCUUCUGAUGGUGGGGCGGGAUUCAGGAGAAUAUCUGGGGGGAAGAUUGUUGUUGGAGGGAAGCUUGGAGCCAUGUUGGCCCGAUCUGCCCUCGUUAAAGGAGGAGGGGGGGGAGGGGGGACCGUAGGGGGAGGGUGUGGAGGAGCAGCAGGAGGAGGGGGUGAUGACAAAGCGAGAGUCGUCUCCCUCCUCCUCCCCCAAAGGUUUCUCUUCACCGAAAUCGUCACCAUCACAAUCCCCCAGAUCGUCUCCGUCGCGAUCGCCUAG